UUGUCACAAGCGCAGUUGUUUUCAACUCAUCCAAUCGAACAGACAUACUUUCUACUGCGAGUUGCUGCAUUUGCUCAACCAUUAUUUUCCGGAGAAGAGAAGUGUUAACACAAAAAGUCAAUCACGGCCAUCAUAGCAAUUACUGUCUCCGAAGUGAAAUCUAUACGAACCUCAAUAUUGUCAAUUCAGUUGAUUUGCUCUGCGUUCAAAUCAGUCACGAAUACCCAAUCAUUCGAUCCAUUGAUCCCACAGGAACAUCCGGAAGAGCAUGAGUGAAAAACAUUAAUGUCUACAGAAACGGAAAGAGUGUGAAAUAGCUUAAGGCCGAGUUAUAUAUCCAAGCCGAUCGCGUUUUGAGAAAGUUUAUUUGUUGCGUAAAGGGUUGCAAAAAAACAUGUUGUCUACAAUGAUAAAAGCUGCUGGCCGUCAGCUGAUUCGUGCCUCCGAAAAGCAAAAUAUGCAACAAAUUCGGGUCAUCUCCAAGAGCAGUGAAGUGAAUAACUCAGACUACAUGACUCUGCGAGAAGAUCAAAAUCGGAAAGGAAGCCGAAUUCAUCACAAGAUGCAGUUAAGACAGAAAAGAGUGUCCAGAACCCUUUCAACACUCAACUACUCGGUGCCGGAGGCGGCUACGCACACCGCUGUUUCGAAGAGCGAGAGUCGCGAGUUUAUGUGCGUUUUCCCCGAUCUAGUCCGUGAUUUGACUGAAUACGCUAAGAAGUACGACGGUAAGGUCGCAUCCAAAUGGUUCGCCCGAGCCCUGCAGUACAACGUUCCCCAAGGGAAGAAAAACCGCGGGCUGGCCGCCGUGCUCGCCUACCGCAUGCUGGCCAAAAGCGAAGAUCAAACCCCAGAGAAUAUCCGGCGGGCCCACUAUCUGGGCUGGUGUAUCGAAAUGUUCCAAUCGAUGUUUCUCAUUUGCGACGACGUAAUGGACGGUUCGCAGACACGACGUGGUCAACCGUGUUGGUACAAGGUGGACGAUGUGAAAUUGACGGCCAUCAACGAUGCUCUGAUGAUUGAGUCAGCAAUUUUCUACGUGUUGAAGAAGCAGUUCGGUACCGAGCCAUAUUACACUAAGCUGGUGGAAAUGUUCAACGAGAUCAAGUUCAUCACCACCAUCGGCCAAUCGCUCGAUCUUCAGUCGGCCAGAAUGGAUGUCACCAAAUACACCAUGGAUAUGUACAAAUCAAUCGUUUCCCAUAAGACUGCCUAUUAUACAUUCUACCUGCCGGUGGCUCUAGCCAUGCACAUGACUGGCUUCACAGACCCUGAAGUUUUCCGCCAAACGAAAACUAUUCUGCUCGAGAUUGGUCAAUUUUUCCAGGCUCAGGAUGAUUUCCUCGAUUGUUACGGCGACCCGGCGAUAACGGGCAAGAUCGGUACCGACAUCGAGGAGGGCAAGUGCACCUGGUUGGCGGUUGUAUGCAUGCAACGUGCCUCCGAGGAGCAAAAAGAAAUCAUGAAAGAGUGUUACGGAUCCAGCGAUCCCGAGAAAGUUUCUCGCGUGAAACGGUUGUACGAAGAACUGGGUCUGCCCACGACUUAUUCCAUCUACGAAGAAGAGUCGUACAACAUGAUCAAGACUCACAUUCAACAAAUAUCGCGCGGCCUUCCACAUGAGCUGUUUUUCAAGAUCAUGGAGAAAAUUUAUCGACGGGACUGCUAAAUAAAUACCUCUCAAUUUCAUAAUCGCAAUCGAAGUUGUAGCAACACAAAACAAUAAUAUCUAGCGCAUUAAGGGAUUGUACUACUGCUAUGUAGUUAUUUGUAGAAUUGGCUAAGUUUCCAUCACUAUAAUAUAGUAAUGAAGUUUUGUCGAGGUUUUCAGAAAAUCUCUGCCUUUGUUUAGAAUACUUAAUCGUUUAUUGUGGGAGAAUAGAUUGUGAUAGUUUAUUGGAUCUUUUCCGAAUGGUUUUGCAUUUUGAAAUGAACAUCUGGUAGAUUGUGUUACAUUUCACAUUAUUUCAUCAAAGUUCAAGCGAGUUUGUUAGUCGUGAAUGGGAACUUGUGUAGCACAAUUCCAGCAUUUCCACCUUUCUCAAUUCUAUCAUUAUAUUUCUUUUCCAUGUUCUAUAUGUAACGGACAAACUACGAAACAAUAACAAAAGAUUAGUAAAUAAGAUUGAACACUAAAUAUUUUAUAGAGAUACAUGUUUUAAGCGUUUUGAAUAUAAAUGAGGAACGAACA